GACUAAAUUUUGUCGUGGAGGGCAGAAUCGCAGAGAAGCGCGGCGGAGACAAGAGAGGAGGAAAAGGAGGAGAAAAUGAAGGCGUUGGGAUGGUGGCUGAUGCUAGUGGGUUCUCUUCGAUUAGCUUCCGUAUGGUUCGGUUUCUUCGACAUUUGGGCUCUUAGGCUCGCUGUCUUCUCCAAGACCACCAUGACUGAAGUUCAUGGGAGGACAUUUGGAGUUUGGACACUGCUGACUUGCACUCUUUGCUUUCUUUGUGCUUUCAAUCUUGAUAAUAAGCCACUUUAUUUGGCGACCUUUUUAUCUUUCAUGUAUGCUUUUGGACACUUCUUGACUGAAUACCUAAUAUAUCAAACAAUGGCCAUUGGAAAUUUGACAACUGUGGGCAUCUUCGCAGGUACAUCUAUAGUUUGGAUGUUGAUUCAGUGGAAUGCACAUCAAAAGAGCCACACCAAGCGUUCUUGAAAACGGAAUGAUGAGUCACCAAAUGUCUAGUUCUUCUCUUUUUCCUGCUGAUCUCAAUGGAUAUUUCCUUUCUAGCAUGUAGCUUCUAACUUAGAUUUUGUUCUGCUGGUUAACAUUGCAAAGUUUUGGCUGCUAUCUAAAGUUGUUUAGAAUCUGAUAUUUCUCUCAA